AUGACCAUCCCCAACGCAGACGAGACCAUCUUCCCAACAAACCUGGGCCCCGAAUAUGUCGGCUUCGACCAUAUCCUCUGGUACGUCGGCAAUGCCAAGCAAGCCGCAUCCUACUACAUCACCCGCAUGGGCUUCCGGGCCAUCGCCUACCGAGGCCCAGAAACAGGCUCGCCAUACCUGGCCAGCUACGUGGUUGCCAAUGGUGGAGCCGUCUUCGUCCUGACAGGGCCGGUGUGUGGUCCCGCGCAUACUGAAUCCGAGAAAGACAACAAUGCCCUGCAAAAGGCGACGAGCGAGGACCGGACGGUGCUUGCCGCGAUCCACGAGCACCUGACGACACACGGCGAUGGAGUCAAGGACGUCGCAUUCCGGGUGACGGGCGACGUGGGUGCAGUUUGGAAGCGCGCUGUUGAUAAUGGGGCCGCUGCUGUGGCGGAGCCGAAGAGUGUCAAGGCUGAUUCUGAGGGGGAUGGAUAUAUUACGACGGCGACGGUGGGGACAUAUGGUGAUACCGUGCACUCGCUGGUCAAUCGAGAGCAUUACGCGGAUAAUGCGCCAUUCUUGCCGGGGUAUCGGGUCGUUGAUGGGGAUGAAGAUCCUAUCAACCAGAUCCUCCCAUCGGUCGAGUUUCUGGAGAUUGAUCACUGCGUGGGGAAUCAGACGUGGGGUGGCGUGGAUCGAGCUGUGCAGUUCUACGAGGAAUGUCUGGAUUUCCACCGCUACUGGACGGUCGAUGACAAGGACAUGUGCAGCGAGUACUCCGCCAUGCGGUCUAUCGUGGUAGCAUCACCGAACGAGACGAUCAAAAUGCCCAUGAACGAACCCGCAGUGGGCAAAAAGAAGUCUCAAAUUGAGGAAUUCGUCGACUACUAUCACGGCGCCGGCGUCCAGCACAUCGCCUUCCGCUCCAACAACAUCGUCUCCGCCGUCACAAACCUCCAAGCCCGGGGCGUUCAAUUCCUCAAAGUCCCCAGUACAUACUACGCGGACCUCCGCCGGCGUCUCUCCCACGUCUCCUGGACCCUGAGCUCCGACGUCGACGUCCUGGAGAAACUCAAUAUCCUCGUCGACUUUGACGAGCGUGGAUAUCUGCUGCAGAUCUUCGCCAAGCAUGUCGGAGAUCGGCCAACGGUUUUUGUGGAGGUGAUCCAGCGUCAUGGAUUUGAUGGAUUUGGAGCUGGUAACUUUAAGAGUCUGUUUGAGGCUUUUGAGCGGGAGCAGGCGUUGAGGGGGAAUUUGUGAUCUCAAUUUGGGAUUGUGACUGAGAUUUGACAUCGCGCUGCAUUUUCGCUUUAGACUUGCCUAUCCAGUUGUUGCCCAGGUUUGGGUCUGGAAUCCUCUCCUCUCUUGGUGUUUGUUCGAUACUAAGAGGUCCCAAUAGAAUCGAGAACAGUACUAUUCAU